AUGAGCGCUCAACCCAGCAGCGUCGACUUCACCCUUCACUAUGUCGUACCCGACGAUGUCGAUGACCUCGUCAGAGUGCACACCGCCGCCUUCAAGAUGGACCAGUUCUCGAACCUGAUGCUGCUCGGCCGCGCCGACGACGCCCACGAGAAUCUCAUGCGCAAAGCCAUCGAGGGCUGGGUCACUGCUCCAGAGGCCAGUCUUAUGAAAGCGAUCGACUCAAGCGGUCGGGUUUUGGGGUGGGCUUGUUGGAUAGUGAAAGAUGCGACUGGCGGAGACAGGGUAGCUGUUGCCAAGGCGGAGUCAAAGGGCGGCAGCAGCGUGGAUAAGGCGGAGGGAGUCGAGACAUCAGCCGUGGAGAAGAAAGAGGAACCGCCAAAGGAAGAUCCGGCUCGGGCUCUGGGCGGUCUUAUGUAUAAGGAGAGAGUGGCGAUGGAGGAGAGAUACAUGAAGGGAAAGAGGUACGCGGUGCUGCAGGGUCUUGCCACGGAUCCGAAUUAUCAACGACGGGGGAUUGCGACCAAGCUGGUUCAGGCGGGACUUGAGGUAAUUGACUUGGAGGGCCUCGCAUGCUGGAUCCAUGCCUCGCCUUCAAGUUAUGGUGUGUACGCAAAGGUUGGGUUUGAGGAGGUUGGGAGGAACGAGUAUGACCUGGACGAGUGGGCUUCAGGUGGUCGACAGGGCGACAACCGUUGGGGCCGGUAUAUUUUUAGGCACAUGCUCAGGAAAGAAAAUCCUUCCUGA